AGCCCCAACUGAGAGCCGGGCCUCUGGCUGGAGGUGCCCACGCCCGAAGUCCAAACUAUAAAAACCAUGUAAACCUCCGACACAAACCUCCCUCAAAAUCCCCCAUAUGCUGUUGUACUUGGCGGCCAUUUUCGCUUCCCCAAUCCGCCGUUUUCCUACUUCCUCUCCUCGCUUCCUCUCUAACACUUUCUCUUUAUUCUCUUUCUCGUUCUCUUCCUCAUCCCCGGCUCCCAUGGCGACCGUUCAUCCCAAAGACCAAGCUUAUCUAGAUAAAACCAUCCCCAAGCGCAUCGACUUCUUCGAGACUAUCAAAUCGCAGCAACUCGCUCAUCUACAGUCCCUCUCCCAUGAUCCCAUAAAGAUUACUUUGCCAGAUGGAAGUGUGAAGGAAGGCAAGAAAUGGGUCUCUUCUCCUUUGGACAUUGCCAAGGAGAUCUCGAAGAGUUUGGCCGCCAAUUCCUUGAUUUCUUCUGUCAAUGGGGUGCUGUGGGAUUUGACUAGGCCGUUAGAAGGGGACUGUGAGCUUAAACUCUUCACAUUCGAAAGCGACGAAGGCCGCGACACUUUCUGGCACUCCAGUGCUCAUAUUCUUGGGCAGUCUCUCGAGGCCGAAUACGGUUGCAAGCUCUGCAUUGGGCCCUGUACCACCAGAGGAGAGGGUUUUUAUUAUGAUGCAUUUUAUGGUGAUUUGGGCUUGAAUGAUGAUCAUUUCAAUCAAAUUGAAGCGGGUGCACUAAAAGCUGUUUCGGAGAAACAACCUUUUGACCGUAUUGAGGUGACAAGGGAACAGGCACUUGAGAUGUUUUCUGACAAUAGUUUCAAGGUUGAAAUCAUCAAUGAUUUGCCUGCAGACAAAACUAUCACUGUAUACAGAUGCGGACCAUUGGUUGAUUUAUGUCGUGGGCCCCAUAUACCAAAUACAUCAUUUGUUAAGGCAUUUAAGUGUUUGAAGGCUUCAUCAGCUUACUGGCGGGGGAACAAAGAUCGUGAGAGCUUGCAAAGAGUUUAUGGGAUAUCUUAUCCUGAUCAGAAACGUUUGAAGCAAUAUAUUGAUAUGCUCGAAGAAGCCAAAAAAUAUGACCAUAGACUGUUGGGUACAAAGCAGGAGCUCUUUUUCUGUCAUCCACUUAGCCCUGGAAGCUGGUUCUUCCUUCCACAUGGCACUCGAAUCUACAACAAGUUGAUGGAAUUCAUAAGAAAGCAAUAUUGGGAGAGGGGAUACCAAGAGGUCAUUUCACCUAAUAUGUACAAUAUGAAUCUCUGGGAAACAUCAGGUCAUGCAGCAAACUACAAGGAGAACAUGUUUUUGUUUGAGAUUGAAAAACAAGAAUUUGGACUCAAACCAAUGAAUUGCCCAGGACACUGUUUAAUGUUUCAAAAUAGAGUUCGUUCAUACAGAGGAAACUAUAAAGGCCAAAUACUUGGUAGCUAGUGAAAAUUGAUUGUG